AUACUUGUCUGGAAUCUAAAGCUUUUUGUUUGCAACAUGGGAUGCUUUACGGUUUUAAAGUGUAAGAAGAAGAAAGAGCAGACCAUUUACAUCAAACGUGUCAACCCACAAGAACAAUCCCCAACUAAGUUGCCUGAACCCCCAGCCUGUACUCGUUCUUUGCAAUCUGCACCUUCAAGUUUUAGAACCAGAGUUAAAUCUAUUCAGUCAAAUAAUGGAGUAAGUAGUUCUAGGGCACGAGCAUUAUCUGCCCCAUCAAGUCUUGAUGCUGUAGAACACGAUGCAUUUGUAUCCACUGAAUUUGAGGAACAGGACGAACAUAAGAGUCGUGUUGGAUUGAUGAAGGAAUAUCAUUCCCCAAGUCCUCAACCUCUUCCUCUUCCAUCCCCUCAUGUUAGUACUUCUCUAAAAGCCAUGGGAAGCUUUAAAACGGUAAACACAAGUGGCCCUCUUUAUGCGUCUGGACCACUUCCUCUGCCUCCAGUGUUGCCUCCCACACUGCCUUCUGUAGGAAUGCUUCUUAACUUUUCUUAUGAAGAAAUUGCAUCUGCUUGCCACAACUUCUCUCCUGAGCGAUGCAUGUCUGAAGGUAUGUCAUCAGUAAUCUACCGAGCAUCGUUUGCAAAUGUUACGUCUGGCCCGAAGAAGCUCGAAGCCACUGUAACUCGCCUUCACCACUCCACCCAGGGUUUAAAGGAAUUCAUGAAUGAUGCGAGUACACUUGCUUCCUUACAACAUCCCUUCCUCUGUAAGUUGAUUGGUUUUCAUGCACGUGAAGGAUCAGACCUUAGGAUGUUGGUAUAUGAGAGGCUAUUCCAUGGAAGCUUAGACAGGCUUUUGUAUGGAAGAUUGGAUGGUCCACCUAUUGAUUGGAAUAGCAGAAUGAAAGCUGCUUUGUGUGCUGCUCAGGGUUUAACCUUCUUGCAUGAGGAAGGACCCUUCCAGGCUAUGUUCCAUGAGUUUUCAACUUCCAAUAUACAGAUUGACAAAGAUUUUAGCGCAAAGCUUUCUGGAUAUGGUUGCAUUAGCCACAUUCAAGAGACAGAUAUUUCUAGCUGUUCUGUUGGUGUGGCAAAUCUUUCGAUGGAGACAUUGGAGAAAGGAUUGCUUACACCAAAGAGCAAUGUUUGGAGUUUAGGAAUUGUGCUCCUUGAAUUGCUCACUGGCAGGAAAAAUUUUGACAGCCGGCACCCAAAGGAAGAGAGGAAUUUAGUUAAGUGGAGUCGGCCUUUUUUGGCUGAUGACUCUAGACUGUCCCUGAUCAUGGAUCCUCAGCUAAAGGGUCGUUUCCCUGCCAAAGCAGCUCGGGCAGUGGCUGAUAUUGCGCAACGAUGCCUUCAAAUGGAUCCAUCUGAGAGGCCCACCAUGAGAACUAUUGUGGAGCAUCUUAAAACCGUACAAGACAUAAAGUAUACCUCUCGGUUUCCAUUGCAAGAGCCAGGAGCAGUUAGUGGAAAACGUGUGUCGAGGUCACCCAGCAUGAACGGGAUCAUUACGCCAGCUCCCAAGUCCAAGUUCUCUCCUCCACCUCCAACAAGUGGACCAUCUAUUUCGUCCACAAAGUUGGCUCUAUUGCCUGUAUCUUUUGCCCCCAAAACAUGUUCGUCUACCCUGUCAGCCGAGAAUAUUGAUGUACAAGAAAGCAGGAGAUCAUCGUCCUCAACCGUUCGAAGGUCUAGUGUCGAAGGAUUCUAAUUGUCCAUAGACGCCAUUUUAUUUUUAUAUUUUAAUAGUUUUGCAUAGUGAACUUACAUGACAUAGGAAGGAUAAAGCUGUGGUUUGGCUCGAUGGUUGAUGUUAUAUAAAUAAAGUUAAUUGUCUUGGGUUUGCUAGUU